CGCCCAGCGAGCCUCUUGGCCGGCCCUCGGAGCAUCUUACUAGUUGAAAGGUACGUCGCCCUCGACGGCCAGUCCUCUCUAUGGCCUCCUUGGCCCGCGUCGCCGCGUCCGCUCACGUGCGAUUGGCGGCCGCCCUCUCGCUGCUUGGAGCACGCCCCUCUCGUGCGGGCCUUCCGUGAACUGGCCAACUAGCACGGCUGCCCUUACGCGCUCGUCCCGCUUCCACGGCUUCGCGCACACGCGACCAAGCUAGCAUGUACGGCCCCCCACGCACGCAUACAGCGCUACCUUACGUAGUCCGACCUCACCUGGGAGGUCCCCCUCACUUCCGGUCUCAACCCCUCCCCUACACGCGUGAUUGCCGCCGCUGCUGACGACUCACGGCGCGCAUAUAGCCUGCGUUGACGUCGAACCUCCCCAUCGCCCUCAUCUCCGAGGCGAUCGUCUUCGACACGAGUCCACGAGGACAUAUGGCAAGCAAGACACCAAACGCCGACAUGUCUCUACGUGCCGAGAUGCGCGUCUCCACGCCUCCGCGGCAACCUCGUCUCCCAGGAUACGGCCUGGCCCCCAACAUACGACGUCCAGUCCUGCCCUGUAACCGCUCGCUUCCGCCUUUCUGGUCCGUAGGCCGCCCACACGUCACGACGUCCACGGGCCCUGCAGACGCCGCGGACGCACCUGCCCCCGUGCUCUCGCUCGCGAGAUGGGCCACGCACGAUCGUUCCUGUACCGUGCACAAAGUCGCCACCGCCCCCGCCUCGUCGUAUCCAUCUCGACCUGCUACGCGUUCUGACGCCGCGCCCGACCCUGCUCGCAAAUGUGGGAUCACGAUGCUCGGAGAGCCGCCGCCUCGCCGCGUAUGCACACGUCUAGGAGGGCGUUCCUCGGUGUGCACUACGCGGACGCGGACGGCCCGUCGCGCCCAUCGCCGGAGUGCCCGAUCUCGCGCGCCCAGCUUGUCCGGGCUUACAUCGUUGUCAGGACCGUUCCAGCGGACACCAGCACGUCCGCGGCUCAGCCUGGCGGCCCUGUGAGCCUCGACGUGUGGUGCCCUGGAUGCGAAGGCAGCGGACCACUGCGUCGUAGCAACCCGCAAACAAGCCCGGGUGCGGUCGAUCGCCUGUCUACGACUUGCCCCGCCCGCGUCGGCCUUGUCUGCGCGCGAUGGACUCCACCUGCGGAGCACCGCGCGACGAAUGUGCCCGGAGCUGUGCGUAUUGCCCCCGCCGACGGCUGCGCACGUUCUCGAGCGAUGCCGAGGCGUCCGGGACGUCUGCUCGCCCGCGGCCGCCGCGUCCACCGCCCCAGUGUACGUCUCUGCGCGUAAUACGUGGUACGGUGCAGGCCGCGCCGUGCGCAUCUCUUUGCCGGGACGACGCUCGUCGGCGACGCGUCGAUAGAGUCGCGCCCAUUUCGAACGCGUAUGCAAAGGACCCGCCGAUGAUGCCUGCAAUCCGCCCGAGUGCCAGCACGCUGCACCGCAUGGAACCCACGACGUCUUUGAGCCAUGCCCGCCCCCGCCCGCC